AGAAGCGGAAGCUGCGCGCGAGCUACCUGGUUGCCAGGACAACGCGGAUGAACUGCGUUGAAACGUUUAGUGAGAAUUUAUUUGAUGGAAAGUUAACUUUAUUUAUUGUAUCGUGUUUUUUUUUUUUAAUUUUCGACAGUAAAACGCCGAGAUGAUGUAGUUAAUACGAUGAUUAUAAAGACGGUGGAAUAUACGAGUGUGAUAAUGACGGCCGUCCCAUUAUGGGCUCUCUCCCUUCCACUCCCUGCCAUCAUCCUGAUCUCCGUUGGACUCUAUAUGCUGUUUCUUGCAGGUGUCUUAUGGUGCCAUCACUGUCUCAAGACCCAGUGCAAUCCUCAGUGUACAUUCUGCUGCCCGAGCGUAUCUCCUUUAGAGUACUGUCACAUGUGCGCUCAGUCAUGUGACUGCCGCCCACCGACUCUUCACACGUGCCUUGACCACUCCUGCCCCACUUCUAAUUGUGCCAUGUGGGAUUGCACCUGCACCCCUCAGCCACCGCAGUGUGACUCCAUCAACUGCUUAUGCUGCGAGAUCAAGUUCAAAUAGAGACAGAACGGAGGAUUUGUACAUUCCAAGUACAAAAGGUUUCCAGAGACCGAUGGAUCCAUCGAUGUGAUCAUGUGUUCAGAAGUGCAUUUGUUCUUAUGUUUACAGUGAGUACAGUAUGUGCUUCUUUUCUUCAUUCAUUGCACAUUUAGUUCAACACAUUCUUUUUGUUUCGAAUGCCUUCGUGAUUUAUGUUUACUGACAUUCCAUGCUUUUUUUUUCUUUUUCAUGUCAGUGUUCAGGUUCUUGCCUUCUUCUGAUCUUUAACCUAGUAAAGGCUUUGUUCCAGUGUUUAUUAACAGCAAACGUGAGAUAUUACCCGUGCUGAAUUUCCCACCGUUUAUACCAGCAUUAUAUAUCUAUAUCCAGUCUUUUUAAUUUAUCCAUGAGAUUGAAAGUUCUUAUAGCAAAGAAAAGUUGGGACACCGUGUAAAACAUAAAUAAAAACAGAAUGUGAGAAUUUGCAAAUCAUGGAAACUCGAUAUUUCAUUGAAAGUAGUAUAAAGACAACAUAUCAAAUGCUGAAACUGAGAAAUGUUAUUGUGUUUUUGAAAAAUAUAUGCUCAUAUUGAAUUUGAUGUCAGCAACACAUUUCAAAAAAGUUGGGACAGGGCAACAAAAGACUGAAAAACUAAUUUGGUUAAUUGGCAACAGGUCAGUAACAUGAUUGGGUAUAAAAAGAGCAUCCAAGAGAGGUGGAGUCUCUCAGAAGUAAAGAUGGGGAGGGGUUCACGCUCUGUGGGGUGGGGUGGUGGCAAACAAUUUAAGAAUAACGUUCCUCAAUGUAAAAUUGUAAAGAAUUUGGGGAUCACAUCAUCUACGGUACAUAAUAUCAUUAAAAGAUUCAGAGAAUCUGGAGAAAUCUCUGUAUGCAAGAGACAAGGUUGAAAACUGACACUGGAUGCCUGUGAUCUUCAGGCCCUCAGGCAACACUGCAUUAAAAGCAGAUACGUGUCUGUAGUGGAAAUCACUGUAUGGGCUCAGGAACAUUUCAGAAAACCAUCGUCUGUGAAAACAGUUCAUUACUGCAUCCACAAAUGCAAGUUAAAACCAGAUAUAAACAAUUUCCAGAAACACCACCACCUUCUCUGGGCCCGAGCUCUUUUACGAUGGACUGAAGCGAAGUGGAAAAUUGUCCCGAGGUCUGACAAAUCUCAUCUCAUCUCAUUAUCUCUAGCCGCUUUAUCCUUCUACAGGGUCGCAGGCAAGCUGGAGCCUAUCCCAGCUGACUACGGGCGAAAGGCGGGGUACACCCUGGACAAGUCGCCAGGUCAACACAGGGCUGACACAUAGACACAGACAACCAUUCACACUCACAUUCACACCUACGGUCAAUUUAGAGUCACCAGUUAACCUAACCUGCAUGUCUUUGGACUGUGGGGGAAACCGGAGCACCUGGAGGAAACCCACGCGGACACGGGGAGAACAUGCAAACUCCACACAGAAAGGCCCUCGCCGGCCACGGGGCUCGAACCCAGGACCUUCUUGCUGUGAGGCGACAGCGCUAACCACUACACCACCGUGCCGCCCCGUCUGACAAAUCAAAAGUAGAAAUUCUUUUUAUAAAUCAUGGACACCGUGUCCUCCAGGUUAAAGAGUAGAAGGACCAUCCGGCUUAUCAGUGUACAGUUCAAAAGCCAGCGUCUGUGAUGGUAUGAGGGUGCAUUAGUGCAUAUGACGUGGGUAGCUUGUACAUCUGGGAAGGCAUCAUUAAUGCUGAAUGAUAUAUACACGUUUCAGAGCAAUAUGCUGCCAUCCAGACAAAAUCUUUUUCAAGGAAGGCCUUCCUUCUUUUAGCAGGACAAUGCCAAACUGCUUUCUGCACAUAUUAAAACUGCAUGGUUCCGUAGUAAAAGAGUCCGGGUGCUAAACUGGCCUGCCUGCAGUCUAACCUGUCUCCCAUUUAAAACAUUUGGUGCAUUAUGAAGCGCAAGAUAUGACAAAGGAGACCCCAAAGUGUUGAGCAACUGAAAUUGAAAUGGGACAACAUUUCUCAAAACCUACAGCAACUGGUCCUCACAGUUCCCAAACGUUUACAGUGUGUUGUUAAAAGUAGAGGUGAUGCAACACAGUGGUAAACAUGCCCCUGUCCCAAAUUUUUUUGAAAUGGUGUUGCUGACAUCCAAUUCAAAAUGAGCAUAUGUUUUUAAAAAAAUUAAGAAUUUUCAGUUUCAACAUUUGAUAUGUUGCCUUUUGUACUAUUUUCAAUGAAAUAUAGGGUUUCCAUGAUUUGCAAAUUAUCACGUUCUGUUUUUAUUUACAGUUUACACAGGAUCCCAACUUUUUUGGAAUCAGGGUUGUACUUAUUCAGAUAUAUAGAACUGAGCUGACAAAGGGAACCGUGUUUUUGUGGUUCUGACACUUUUUUUUUUAAUCUGUCCAUUUGAAAUAAUAAGCAGAAGUCACUGUGUUUACAGUAAUGAUAUUGCACUUGCUGUGUCCUGUGUAUUUCUGCUGUGACAGCACUAUCACUAGUUUUCUAGAAUUGAUUUUAUGGAUUUCUUAUUUUAUUUUUGUAUUUGUGUGCUGUAUCGUCUUUAAACUGUUAAAUAAAUGUUUUCAUUUUUAAA